UUUCUCUCUUGUUCCUUUGCAAUUUUCUUCAUCUAUGGAGAGAUAUUCCAAGUGGGCUUAUGAUCAAAGGUUGAGAGAUGGAACCAAUCUGAGCUUCGAGAGAGACCGGGCCCAUGGCUUCUCGUGGCCUCAGAGGAACUAUAGCUGCAGCUUUUGCAGCAAGGAGUUCAAAUCUGCUCAAGCUCUUGGAGGGCACAUGAAUGUGCAUAGGAGAGAUAGGGCAAGAAUGAGGCUUUCCCCAAACCCUAACCCUAACCCUAACCCUAGUUUGUUGUUUCCGUCGUCGUCUCCGCUUCCCUCCACGGCUAAAUUCUUGCCUUGUGAUGUGGAAUUUGUCUCUGUGAUCAACUCAGCCUUUCCACCUCCUCUGCAAGAAGAUGAGUUUGCAGCCAUUGGCCGUUCCUCGACGAUGACCCUUUGUAGAGAGGAUCUUGGGAAAUACAAGAAUGGUGAUGAGGCGAUGCUUGACUUUGGAAGAAGAAAUGAUGUUAUUAGAUUGGAUUUGAGCUUGGGUUUGAUGCAAGAUGCAAAGGGGGAUCCAGAUUCGGAUUCCGAAUUGGAUUUAGAGCUUCGACUUGGUUAUCCCUAGAGAUGGAUACAUCAUCAAAAAUGU